AUGGUGGCAGCAUGUUGUAGAGAAGGGGAAAUGGAAAUGGCUUUGGGGUUUUUUUGGAGUAAAAGUGAGUUGAAUGAUUCUGUUUCGUGGAAUACAUUAAUUUCAGGUUAUGUUCAAAAUAGUUAUCCGGUGGAGGCACUAAAGUUGUUUGUUUGUAUGGGGGAGAAUGGUGUUAAAUGGAAUGAGCAUACUUUUGGUAGUGUUUUGAGUGCUUGUGCUGAUUUAAGGAACUCGAAGAUUGGUAAGGAAAUGCAUGCUUGGAUUUUGAAGAAUGGAUUGAAUUCGAAUGCUUUUGUAGAAAGCGGCAUUGUUGAUGUUUAUUGCAAGUGUGGGAAUAUGAAGUAUGCAGAGUCAUUGCAUUUGACUAGUGGGAUUGGAAAUUCCUUUUCCAUCACUUCAAUGAUUGUGGGGUAUUCAUCACAAGGAAAUAUGGUGGAAGCUCGUAGGCUUUUUGACUCUUUGGAAGAGAAGAAUUCUGUUGUUUGGGUUGCAUUAUUUAGUGGUUAUGUCAAAUUGAAGCAAUGUGUUUCUAUUUUUGAACUUCUGAGCGAGUAUAUAGCCAAGGAAGCUGUAAUUCCCGAUGCUAUGUUCCUUGUCAGUGCACUUAGUGUGUGUGCAUUCCAAGCUGCAAUUGGUCCUGGGAAGCAAAUUCAUGGCUAUCUAUUCAGAAUGAGGGUUGAAAUGGACAUGAAGAUGACAACUUCUAUGAUUGAUAUGUACUCAAAAUGUGGAAGUAUACCAUAUGCAGAAAAAAUGUUCCUGAAUGUUAUUGAAAGAGAUUUAGUCCUUUACAAUGUAAUGAUAGCUGGUUAUGCUCAUCAUGGGUAUGGGAUUAAAGCUAUAAAUCUGUUUCAGGAAAUGUUUGAGGGAGGGAUUGGACCAGAUGCUGUUACCUUUGUUGCGCUUCUGUCAGCUUGCCGUCAUCGUGGAUUGGUAGAUUUGGGUGAAAAAGCUUUUUAUUCCAUGAUGGAAGAUUAUCACAUACUGCCUGAGACUGAUCACUAUGCAUGCAUGAUUGAUCUUUAUGGAAGGGCUAGCCAACUAGAAAAGAUGGUCCUAUUCAUUCAAAGAAUUCCUAGAGAACAUCUGGAUGCUGCAGUGGUUGGGUCAUUUUUGAAUGCAUGUAGGCUGAACAAUAACAAAGAAUUAGCUAGAGAAGCAGAGGAGAAACUGUUAAAGAUUGAAGGUGAUAGUGGAGCUCGUUAUGUGCAGUUGGCUAAUGUUUAUGCAGCAGAAGGGAACUGGGCUGAGAUGGGGAGGAUUAGGAAGGAGAUGAGAGGAAAGGAGGCCAGGAAGUUUGCUGGUUGCAGUUGGGUAUGCUUGGAUAAUGGAGUCCAUACAUUCACCUCUGAUAAUAGAACCCAUUCAAAAGCAGAGUCUAUCUAUUCAAUGUUGGACUUCUUGACAAAAGAACUCUAUGAAAUCACUCGGGCAUUCUGUUAG